AUGGAUAACUUUUUUCUAGCAAAAUACGAUAUAAAUAUUCUACUUUUCUAUGCUGACAGAGAUUUGGCAGAGCAUUUGACACUAAGUUUAAAAGCUGAUGGACCAUUUUCAGCUGCUAUUCAAAACCAAAGACCCCUCAGUUUAAGUUUGAAGAGUAAGCAUAAAGACUGCGUUAAUGCAAUCUUAGAUAACGCAAAUAAAAGAAUUAUUGAAUCCCCUUAA